CAGCUUCAGUCGGUUGGCAGACAAGAAGACAAAAUUGAACGGAUAUAAAUUGCUAAAACACCCUAUCGGACCGUUUCAGUCCGGUGCCGGCGGUUGACGUGAUAAAGGCGCGCGUAUACUCGACGAUCGAGUUUUCUCACAUGUAACAGGAUCAACGGGGUCCCUGUUAGGGUAGAGUCAAAACAAACAAAAAUCAGUGAAAGUGGAUUAUCGUUCUUGCAGUGGAUUAUCGAUCUUGAUUUAUCGAUUCGAGUUGUUCUAGGUGUAUGAUUCAAACGUAUUAGUGUUGUGGAACGUUUGACAUACAUAUGCAACCAAUUUAGUUAAAGCAAAAACUCUUAGGAGACAGUUCUACGGGACACGUAGUGACGGAAAUUGUUUGAAUAUAUCCAAUCGAUUGGUUACCUGUAUUGAUGAAAAUGUUCCUUCUUGGCUUCGUGAUAUGGUCCUGUGUGCUCCCGCUAGUACCAGCAGAACCCGAAACGCACCCUCCGAGCAGGCCUAUUAACUUGGAAGAUAUUGAACGAGACAAUCUGAAAAGUGAACGACACUUGGCGUUCAAAAAGGAAGCUAUUCCCGCGCAGCAAUACCGACCGUCGUCAGUUCAAAGCAACAACCACUAUACGGUUCAGAUAGAACACCAUCCCGGCGGUGGAACUAGCCACGCCGGCAUCAACUAUGUAACACCGGUUCCGUCCGGGACGGGAGUAGUGUACGCUAAAGAAUAUCCCGCCCAGUACCAGCAAAAGGUACCACAGGUUCAUGAGGAACAUUCCACUUACACGGUGCCUUCUCGACAAUCGUUGAUUCAACCGGUUAUUGGAGGAAGUGCCCCUGCCGGCAGUUAUUUAACUCCGCAACCUCAGUAUGUGUACGUGCAAGCUCAACCACAGCAGAUCCAACAGUACGCGAACCAUAACUUACCGCAAUCACUGAUGCAUAUUCUUCCACAGAAUCAGCAAUCUUAUAUCAUGAUACCGAACAACUACUACCAGCAGCCCCAUUCGGCACAGCAGUACGCGGCUUUUGCAAAUGACCCGGACAACAACGUGGAGACCUAUUCGCACGGCGAGACCGGUAACAGCGCCCCACAGCUGCAACCAAGUGGUCCAUCUGCCCCAGAGCCCCCGUCAAAGUCUCAUGGGGUUGUCUAUGCUUCGCCUUCAUCUACACCAGCUCCCUUCCGGUUGCAAUCCCCAUCAGCUGAAUAUUCCAUUGUGAAAAGUGUCGAACCUCAAGUGUACCUUUCCCCGGACAAUCACCUUCAAUCCGGUAUCCAAUACAGUCACUCGCCGGCAAGACCAGCUCACCUUAUUCACCAUGAAACCCAAACAACCUACCCGUCGUUGACCCACCCGAACAACGGCAUCCUUAACUAUUUUGGAGUACAGCACAAAACACCGACCAGUCUGCUCGAUUCCUAUGUUCCAAGUUCCCUUCAACUGUCGCCGAUCAAAGCAUUCGCCUAUCAAACCAGACCCCUACCGGCGUUUCACUCGCAUCGCCACUAUCCAGAACAUCACCAUCAGCACUAUCAGCCCCAGACCCUAUUCUACCAACCACCCUACCCGGUAUCCCAUUCAGCCUACCCAAUCUAUCCAACUCAUGCUGCGCCGCCAGCUGUAAGCCACACUCCUGCGGCUUCGAGCUUCAACUACAAUACCAUCGCCUACUCUGUCCCACUGACGCAUACCAAAACUCUCUCACAAUAUAAACGAUCGCCGAUGCUGGAAACUAUGGCCGGGGUAAGGUACUCCAACCCACGGCCGCUUGCAGCCGGUGCUGGUACGGGUCAUGCCACGACGAAGCUGCAACCAGCUGCUAAACUAGUUUAGGUUAAUUUUUCUCGCAAGAAUAGGACAAACCUUGAUUUGUAUGCGGUACUUAUUACGGUCACUAGUUAAUGCAAUUUUAGUUGAUAAGAGAAGAAAAUUCAUUUUUGUUCAUCCAUAAGGUUAAGAUUCAUAAAUUCAUGAGAUUUCCGAAGGAGAUGAGUUACCUUAAUACCAUCAGAUACACCUUUCCUGCGAUGAAUGAACAAUAUGUUAUAAGGAAAUAACCUAAAAUGUGAUUAUAAUGGAUUUUUAACUGUACAUAAAUAUUAUAUUUAAGCGAAAAUAAAAGUC